GCCCCGGAGCUGAGGUUAGCUGUCCCUUCCUACAGCAGGGAGUGGGAGGCUGCUGAAGGUACCGGAGUCAGACUAAAGCCGGGGUGCGUGGAGGGGGUGGCCCCGGUGAGCGCACUCCCAGCGCUGUGCUCCACACACUGCCACCGCAGCGACAGGAGGAGGAGUCGCCGGAGCCCGGAAAGUGAAAGGGAAACUAGCCUCCCCCGCUGGCGCGGCGAGCAGCCCCGGGCUCCAUGAAGCUGCUGGGGCUCUGGCUCUUGUGCCGCCUGCUCCCCGGGGGGGGCGGCUCCUCCCCGCAGCCCUCGGGGAUCCAGCCACGGGGGAGCAGCGGCGGCCGCACUGAGUUGCCCGGCUCCCUGAGCCUCUCCCGGGCUCGCUGGGGCAACCGGGAUGAGGCCGCCCUGCGGGAAAGUAUUAAAAGAAUUAGGAGUUUGAAUUCUUUAUCAUCAGAUGACAAUACUACUGCUUUCUAUGGAAUAAAUCAGUUUUCUCACUUUUUUCCUAAAGAUUUUAAAGCUAUUUAUUUAAAAAGCAGACCUUACAGCGUUCCCAGAUACACAGAAGUGCUGAAUAGAAAAGAAACACCGUUACCAGCAAAAUUUGACUGGAGGGACAAGAACGUUGUCACCCAAGUGAGAAAUCAGCAGACACAUUUAUGGGCAGAAAACUAUUCAAUGACAAAUAUUGGAUUUUUCUCUCCCCAGUGUGGAGGCUGCUGGGCUUUCAGCGUUGUGGGUGGAAUAGAAUCUGCCUAUGCAAUCAAAAUGAAAAUUCUGGAAGAACUCAGUGUACAGCAGGUCAUUGACUGUUCAUACAACAAUUACGGCUGCCAUGGUGGCUCUACUGUUAGUGCUCUCAGCUGGCUGAAUCAGACACAAGUAAAAUUGGUGAAAGAUUCUGAAUACGCUUUUAAAGCUCAAACAGGACUGUGCCAUUAUUUCCAGUCCUCUGAUAUUGGAGUUUCAAUCACAGAUUAUACUGCGUAUGACUUCAGUGGCCAGGAAGACGAAAUGAUGAAGAAGCUUGUUAACUGUGGACCUUUGGCAGUGACAGUAGAUGCAGUUAGCUGGCAGGAUUAUCUGGGUGGGAUCAUACAGUAUCACUGCUCCAGCGGAAAAGCAAAUCAUGCUGUUCUCAUUACCGGUUUUGAUAGAACAGGUAGCAUCCCUUACUGGAUUGUACGCAACUCGUGGGGGCGCACAUGGGGAAUAAAUGGUUAUGCCCAUAUUAAAAUAGGUAGUAAUGUCUGUGGUAUAGCAGAUACAGUUUCAUCUGUGUUUGUUUGACACCGACCGGCCAAACGAAAAAGCACCCUGCUGACAGUCAUUUGGCAGAUACUGGUAUUCUGUAAAUUUACACUUAUUCAAUAUGAAGAUAUUUUACUUCAGAAAUUUUUAGAACUAUUUUAGUAUUAGGGAUUGGUCUCCUGGGCAUCACAGAUAUAGUGCAUCCAGAAUUCAGGAAGAUACUUCAGCUUCCAGAGUCUGUGACCCUAAAUUUGAUUGGGGCUGCACAGACAACUCUGCAGAAUACCAUACACUUGACCCUCAGUUCUGAGAAAGAAAGAUGAAACAAGAGUCGCACUGUGGUGGUUAGUUUGGAAGUUUGAGCUUUAUGCAAUGCCUGUUGAAAUAUUUUAAAUGAGAACGCUAGAUGGAAGGCAUGGAGCACUGGAAGUUUAUUGGUCCCAAAUAAUGCCCACUUACAAAUCCUGGCAGCAAGUCCUAGAAUGUCACUAACAUCACAGUUGGUUCAGAAUGAAAUGGAACAAGGGAAGAAGUGACAGGAGAUAAUGUUUGCUGAAAGUUUUCAAUCCAGCAAUCUAGCAGUAUGGCAGGACGCAGUCUGAAAGCACUUUAAUAUGAGGAGAAACAUGAUGUAUCUUUCCAUUUCCUCUUGUCUUUCAUUUUCAAAAACCUUAUGUGAAAUGACAAUUCUUUGUUAUCACUCCUGCACUUUCUGAAGUGCCUGAAUUGGCUUUUCUUGUAACUUUGUUUGACAGCAGGUGCUGUUUGCAUAGCAUGGACUUUCUCUCUUCUGCUUUCUCUGCCUCUUGUCUUCAGUUUUCUUAUGGGCCACUCUGCAUUAUAUACUAAACAAGCAGGUUGCAACCACAUUAUCAUUUCUCCUAACAGCUCACUGGUAUUGUGAAGGCUAAAAGAAGAAUGGAGAAGGAAAGAAAGCACACCACAUAGUGAUGGAACCAUCAAAAUUUAUAUAUGCCUUCUUGUGUAACCACGUAACUUCAUCUCUGCUCACCCUCUCCCUUUGAGUGUCUUUGACCCUCACCUCUCAUGUCUGAUUAAAUCUAUUUUUUAUGCUCUUCAAGGUAGGAGAUUUUGGGGGGGAAGUACCAGGGCAUUUUGGAGAAUUCAGAAUGAAUUAAUAGUUCUUGUCUUCCAAAUGUACUUGAUUACCUAUUAGUUCAGAGAGCAGUUAGCCAAUUAGGGGAACUGCAAUAACCAACCCGAGAUAUGAAAGCAUAUCUGCUGUACCCUCUCUUUGCAUGUAAGGUUGCAAAUGGGCCAUUUCAUUCUUUAAAAAGUGUUGGAGUGGCACCUGCUUCAAUCUCCUCUCUCUACCUCCAUUAAUUACACUCUGCCAAAGGGAAAUUCAGACUAUGAUUGUCAUAGCUAAAAGAUGCCUAUAAGUCACUAAAUUUGUGUUCUGCAUAUUAAUAUCUGUCUUCUAACAGUCCAUCCUUUUUCAGGGCUAAUCAUCAAUUGUUGCUAAUUAUUAGCAGGAGAAUAAAGAAGGGCUACUGAGAUACCUCAUUUUCUCUCUGUAUUUCCCCAACCAGCACCUUUAACUGCCUUGUCACAGAGAUCAUCCCUCUGGCCACAGAUUGGUGCAUUAGUUUCAAUACAAGACCUAUUUAUCUCUGUCCUUCUCCAUGUGCUGGUCAGAGGAAAUCUCAAACAUGAUUAUAAAGGCAUUGAACUUUUUUGAUCUGUAGAACAUAAGAAUAGAAAGCAAUGUCAUUUCUGAAUUUUAAAGCAUUCCAGUAUCAUUUAUUUGUUUAGUAACUUUUGUGAAUUUUUGCUCUUCUUGUCUAUGGUAGUCAAUUUUUGCUGUGUAGAAAUAAUUGUGAAUCAAUAUUUACAUUUUUUAUAAAAACACAUUUGUAACUUUUAGUUGAAUUGUGAAGAGAUUUUACAAGUAUUUUGCACUAUGUUAAAUUUGAACAGGUUUGCUAAUUACAAUUUUGAAUAUGUGUUUUAACAAUAUUCUUUCUAAAUAAAGAAUUUUGAACAUUCA